UCAGUGUGCAUGACUUUGCAUUUAUCAAUUUUGUGAUCGUUUGCCUUUGUGUUGCCCAUUCACCCAGCUUGUUUGAUCUCUCUGAAGUUCCUCACAACCCUCUCUGGUCCUGAAUUAUCUAAAUAACUUUGUCAUCUGCACAUUUUGCUAUCUCACUACUUAGCUUGUGUUUUCAGAUCACUAAGCAAUAUAUUGAACAACCCCAUUGUUAACCUUUCGCUGUGAUGAAAAUUGUUCAUUUAAUUCUAGUCUUUGCUUUCUGUUUCCUAGCCAGCUUUUUAUUUCACAGUACUUUACCUCUCUCCCCAUUACUUUUUAGCUUCUUUAUGUAGGGCUCUGUGAAGUCUAAAUUAUGUCAGUCAGAAUUCUUGGAAUGUGUCAAUAAACUAAGAUAUUAGUGAGACAUGAUUUUCCUUUGCAGAAACUGUGCUUUUUAGACCCAGUUAUAUAAUCUUCAAGGUGUUUUAUUCUGUUUUUAACCACCAUUUCAACCAAUUUGCCAGAUAAAGAGGUAAGGUUUAUUGGCCUAUAAUUAAUUCCCUAUAUCAUCCCCAAUGCCUUUUUAAAAUAUAGGUACAACAUUUGCUACCCUCCAGGCCUCUAAAAUAGUGGCUGUUUUUCAUGAUAGAUGGCAUAUUUUUGUUAUUUAGCUCAUCUACUUCAUACUUACAUCCAAGAAUUCUAAAAGAGAUUAUCAUCUGGUCUUGUUGACUUUUGCUUCUUAAAUUAUUAAUUUCCUCUAGCACCUCUUCUUCUGAUACUUGAGUCUCUGAGAGUGCUUUCAUCUUUAUUACCAGAAUAAAGCAGGUCCAGGAUUGGCAUCUUCCAAACAUCUCUGGUGAAGACUGAUGUGAAGAAGCUUCCUUAUCUUCCUCAAUUGUUCCCCUUAAUUCCUGGUGAUCCUACAGACCCACUGAUUGUUUUAUAAACUUUCUGCUUUCCGAUUUACUUGUUUAUUUUUAACACCUUUAGCUAUUUGCUUUUCAAAAUCCAUGUAGGCCUUUCUAAUUUUCCUUUAGUUUAUAGCCUUCUGCAAUUUAUAUUUCUCUUUAUUGAUUUCACUGGGUCAGAUUUCUAAAUUUUGAAGGAUUUCUGUUUGGCUUAAAUAGCAUCUUCAACCUUGCCAUUUAGCCAUAUUAGUUUACUCCUUGCUGGUUCCCUUAUGUUCACAUCUUUUAAGAUGCUUAUAUUUUUAAAAUUAGCAUAUAUGCCACCUCUACGGAUUUUACUUUCUUAGCUUUUAACUUUAGGGCCUUCUUUUAACUAAUCUUGUUUUAUUGAAAUCUCCUUUUUUAAAGGUUAGUUUUCUGUACUUUGUCAUUUUUCAGUAUCCUCCCUGUCUCUUUGGAAUUUGAACCUUAGGCCUGGGAUACACUAGUGGGGGGGUUCGAACUAGAUAUGCAACUUCAGCUACGCAAAUAGCGUAGCUGCAGUUGCAUAAGUAUCUUAGUUCGACUUACCUGGCCAUCCUCAUAGCAGCGAGUCGACCGCCGCAGCUCCCCUGUCUACUCUGCUUACUCCUCCUGCCGAGGUGGAGUACCGGCAGCGAUUCCCCGAUACAUCGAACACUACCCGCCGAUCCGGUGACCAUUAUGGUCCGGCUUUUCAGAGAGGCCCUGGGGGCUUCAGUGAGAACUACAGUUGGAAAAUGCAGUUGACAUCCAACAGUACCAGGUUUGUCCAUUUGACUGAAAUGAAAAGCAGCAUGUCUGCUAUGAAGAGGUUAUACAGCACUUCACAUACAACAGUGGAUUCAAAAGAGAUGAACAAAUUCCGGCUUUUGGCACAUAGAUGGUGGGAUGAACAAGGAGAAUAUUCCACCCUGCAUUCUCUGAAUGAUAUUAGAGUGCCUUUUAUUAGAGAUACUCUAUUGAACAUGAGCAGUGAUCAUCAGUUGGGAAGCCCUCUGUCCGGUGUAAAGAUUCUAGAUGUUGGCUGUGGUGGUGGACUGUUAAGUGAACCUCUAGGUAGACUGGGAGCUUCAGUUACUGGAAUUGAUCCUCUGGAGGACAAUAUUAGAACAGCAGAACAGCACAAGUCAUUUGAUCCAGUUCUAGCCAAGAGAAUACAGUACAAACCAUGUUCACUGGAGGAUAUUGUGGAAGAGGCUACAGAAACCUUUGAUGUAAUUGUUGCUUCUGAAGUAGUGGAGCAUGUGGCUGACCUAGAAAUGUUUAUCAAGUUCUGCUAUCAAGUAUUAAAACCUGAAGGCUCGUUAUUCAUUACUACAAUCAACAAAACACAGUUGUCCUAUAUAUUGGGGAUUGUAGUUGCAGAAAGAAUAAUGGGCAUUGUACCAGAAGGCACCCAUGACUGGGAGAAGUUUAUUUCACCUGAAGAGCUAGAAUGCCUGCUAGACUCAAAUGGCUUUUUAGUCAAGACAGUGAAUGGAAUGUCAUACAACCCCCUGUCAGGGUCUUGGAGUUGGACUGAAAGCACUAGCAUUAACUAUGCCGUGCAUGCCAUGAAAUGUAGGGUAAAAGAACAAUCAAGUUCAAGAGAGCCGCCUUCAGAGACAGAUAAGGAGGAGCAUCCAGCCAAAGCUAGUGCCAGCACAACUGUCUAAGACACGGUAGUAGGCAAGCAGCAAGAAGUUGAAGUAAGAUUUGCAUAAAUGAUUAUAGUAAAACUGUUUGCAACAACAAGUCUGCUGUUCAUGUAAAUGGCAGUUAAGAUGUUUUUGCCAGUCUGUUUCAAUGUAGUCUCGGGGGGGGAUAAUUGUUAGUUCUCUCAGGAAUCAGGUAGGAUUAAGAUGGGCAAAGUUUUUGGAGAGAAGUUCUUUUAUGAGAAAACAAUUUCAAACUUUCAAAUUAUUGUCAGUAUUUAUGUAUGAUGGCUUUUACAGUCCUACCAAGAAAACACAGGUUUCAACAGGACUCAAGAGUAAUGGGUUGAUGCUGAGUUCAAUUUGAAGUCACUUUUAAAAAUGCAAUACACUGUGUAAAUAGAAAGAUUUAAGCAAUUUUUAAAUUAAACUACCGAAGUGCACUGUUCAGAAA